GGCGGGCCCUGCCCGGGAGGCCGGGCCGAGCGGGGGAGUUUAUCCCGCUGGAAGGGAACAGCUUCUCCCGCUGAGAACUGACAGCGCCAGCUCCGUGCGGCUGCGGGGACCGGCCCCGAGGGAUUACAAUGGUUGACACAGAAAUGCCGUUUUGGCCCCUGAAUUUUGGAAUCAGCCCCGUGGAUCUGUCAGCCAUGGAUGAUCACACACAUUCCUUUGACAUCAAGCCCUUCACCACCGUUGACUUCUCCAGCAUUUCCUCCCCUCACUAUGAAGAUCUCCCCCUUGCCAGAGCCGAGCAGUCAGGCCUGGAUUACAAAUAUGAUAUCAAGCUCCAGGACUGCCAAAGUGCCAUCAAGCUGGAGCCUCCUUCCCCCCCCUAUUUCUCAGAGAAGGUCCAGCUGUACAACAAAGCUCACGAGGAGGUGUCCAACUCGCUGAUGGCCAUCGAGUGCCGCGUGUGCGGCGACAAAGCCUCCGGCUUCCACUACGGCGUGCACGCCUGCGAGGGCUGCAAGGGAUUUUUCCGGAGGACCAUCCGCUUGAAGCUGAUUUACGACAGGUGUGACCUGAACUGCCGCAUCCACAAGAAGAGCAGGAACAAAUGUCAGUACUGCAGGUUCCAGAAGUGCCUGGCUGUUGGGAUGUCCCACAAUGCCAUCAGGUUCGGGCGGAUGCCCCAGGCGGAGAAGGAGAAGCUGCUGGCCGAGAUCUCCAGCGACAUCGAGCAGCUGAACCCCGAGUCCGCCGACCUGCGCGCCCUGGCCAAGCACCUCUACGACUCCUACAUCAAGUCCUUCCCUCUGACCAAAGCCAAGGCGAGGGCCAUCCUGACAGGAAAGACGACAGACAAAUCACCCUUCGUUAUUUAUGACAUGAACUCUUUGAUGAUGGGGGAAGACCAGAUCAAGUGCAAGCACGUGUCCCCCCUGCAGGAGGAGAACAAGGAGGUGGCCAUCCGCAUCUUCCAGCGCUGCCAGUUCCGCUCCGUGGAGGCCGUGCAGGAGAUCACCGAGUUCGCCAAGAACAUCCCGGGCUUUGUCAACCUCGACCUCAACGACCAAGUGACUCUGCUGAAAUAUGGGGUCCACGAGAUCAUCUACACCCUGCUGGCCUCCCUGAUGAAUAAAGAUGGGGUUCUCAUAUCCGAUGGACAAGGGUUCAUGACGCGGGAGUUCCUGAAGAGCCUGAGGAAACCUUUUUGUGACUUUAUGGAGCCCAAGUUUGAGUUUGCUGUGAAGUUCAAUGCACUGGAAUUAGAUGACAGUGACCUGGCAAUAUUUAUAGCUGUCAUUAUCCUAAGUGGAGACCGCCCGGGGUUGCUAAACGUGAAGCCCAUUGAAGACAUUCAGGACAACCUUUUGCAAGCCCUGGAGCUGCAGCUGAAGCUGAACCACCCCGAGUCCUCUCAGCUGUUUGCAAAGCUGCUGCAGAAAAUGACGGACCUGAGGCAGAUCGUCACGGAGCACGUGCAGCUCCUGCAGGUCAUCAAGAAAACCGAGACGGACAUGAGCCUCCAUCCUCUGCUCCAGGAGAUCUACAAGGACCUGUAUUAAUGAGCAGAGCAGCUGUUAAUCCCCUGACAUGAUGUAUGUUCUUCAGAUUGCACUAUUUCUAUGAGGGAGAAACUCGGCGUACCUAAGAGAUUACUGUGAAACAGCAUUUAAAAAGAGAGAGCUUAGUAUAGUAGAUCUAUUUUAUGCAUAUUGUUUAUAAAGACACAUUUACAAUUUACUUUUAAUAUUAAAAGUAUCUAUAUCAUGAAAUUGUUGGCAGUAUUUUCAGAAUGAAUUUUUUUAACUACGUUCUUUCUUACAAUCGCUUGUCCGAGUAUGAUCGAUGCUUCACUCAAGCAUGCAGUUAAAUUUUCAGCUAAAUAAAAACCUUUCUCCUUGAGCAUUCCCAGGGAAAUAUUUGAAGCAUUAACGUUCCAUUUGGUGCUCCUGAGGCAGCAGCACAGUAAAAUUCAGUCACAGAUUGGUGCAACCUCCCAGGAGAGUCUGCCAGGCCAAAGGGAGAAGGGUCAGGUCUGACAACCUUCGUGCCUUCCACGAUAAGAUUGGAGCCUGGCAGAGCUCUGUGAGGAGAGACCAGGCCACUCCUGUGGGGGCAAACUGAGAAAUCAGAUGCCAUUUCAAGAACUCCUGAAGGGAGGGAUGUGCACUGCCCAGCACUGCUAGGAAACUGAGUCCUUUGGAUUCCUCUGCUCGUGCAAGUGUGGGGCAGGUGGAGCAGCAGCUACUCCAAUCCGUAACCCCACAGCAGUCAAACUGGGCUGGAACGGGCUGGUACAAACCUCUUGGCCCAAGACCUUCCCCAGUUAUUUGAUAAACUGCCACUGAACAGCAGUCAAACUGUCAUGGAAAACUGGGAAGUUGUGACAAAUGAACUCCUAAGCAAAAGCAAGGUUUAGGUUAAUUCUUGUGUAAAGAUAAAGCUGUGAUGGAAACUCUGCACCCUGGGUUUGGCUCGAGCUCUAGGUGUUCAUCCAGGAGGUGUUCCUGCUGUUGAGGUUGUUGGCUUUCUUGCACAUGGUGCCCUGUGUUUUCACCUGAGAGCUCCACAGGGAGCAGAGCACAGCAGAGUGAGCAAAUCUAACAGGAGAUAAAUUUCCUAACAAUGUCAUUUUGGGGUCUUCUUGGUACUGAGGUGAGAGAUUCACAUUUCACCUGGCCACCUUUGAUAGUUUGUGAAGGUCACCCCUGAAUACAUCAAGCAGGAGAGGGAAUACUGGGGGGAAAGCCACUAUUUGUAACUCAGAUAUCAAAAUAAGGAGAGGUCCCCAACACCCUUGGUGUCCUCCCCGUGUCUAUAUUUUAUUUAUGUAGCAAAAAAUGUGCCUUAAAGUGAGACAAGGGGAGUGGUGAUUCCCAAGUGGACAAAGAGGUGAUGUAGGUGUGAGCAGGAUCUUCAGGGAGAAGAAAUUGGCUUUGCUCCUAAUGCAGGCCUUGAAACUCUUAAGCCAAUGCAAAUUAUGCAAUAAAGGAGCUGAGAGAGGUAAAUAUUCAAAUGAAUCCUCAGCUCAUGCCUGCUGCACCUGGAAGGGUUUCCUGCUGCAGAUUUCAGGUAACCUCUGGGCCUGAGGUCAGCAGUGAGCGCUGUUCCCACCAGGAAGUUUGGGGAAUUGGAUCGUUCACCUCCAGGUGUGGAGCCCAGGGGUGGAAUUGCACUGAGAUGAAGUCACUGCCAGGCUGCAGAGAGCAGCUUUGAUCCUGCCAAGCUUGCACUGAGGUCAUCUCAGGUGGCUCGGGAAGGAUGGCCCUGGAGCACACACAGCAUUGCAGCUCAUGCAGCUCAUGCAGCUCAUGCAGUUCAUUGCAGCUCAUUCAUGCAGCUCACUCAUGCAGCACAUGCAGCUCAUGCAGCUCAUGCAGCUCUUUGCAGCUCAUUCAUGCAGCUCACUCAUGCAGCUCAUGCAGCUCAUGCAGCUCAUGCAGCUCUUUGCAGCUCAUGCUCAGCCCUGCAGCUUGCUGCACAUCUCGGGUGGUUCCAGCUGAGUGUGGCCCUGGCAGGAGUUGCAUCCACACUUUCCUGGCUGUUACAAUGCAAUAGGGAACGUUCUCCCUCUGAAGCUGUUUGCCACUGCUCGUUGGAAGCGUGGCCUUCCAUCCCUCAGUGGGAGAAUUCCCAGAGCUGCUCCUCCCGUGGAGGGACGGUCAGAGAUGAGCUGGCACUGGGAUGGACCCCAGCUCCAGCUCUGAAUUCCUGUCACAGCAGCACCCAGCCAGAACCAUGAGUCUGAGCCUGCAUGUCUCAAACAAUCCCAUUUCCCACUGGCUCCCCUUGGAAUGGAAGUCCAGAAGCAGCUUCAAACAACAAGGAAUUUUAGGGCAUGUCCUUACAGAUGUCAUAUUCCAAAUUAUUUGGAAAAGUGGCAGAGAUGCUCUGACAGGGAAAUUGAGUUCAGUGCUUUGGUAAAGCCCUGAAAAAGAUCUGUGUAAGCCAGCAGCAUUAACCAAAGAGCUCCAUCCCACUGCUGCAAGGGGUGAUGUUUCUGAAACUGUCCAUUCAGCAGUGACAGUGCCUAAGCCACUCCGUCCAAAAUCCCUACGUUUUGAGAGUGGUGAUAGAGUCAUAAUCAGAAGAGUUUUGCAGGAAUGGGUGUUUUCCUUUAUGAGGAUGAAGGCACUGAGUGCCCAAAAGCCUCUCCUUUUCUUUCAACUGUAUCAGCUGCUCUAAUAAAAUCUGUUGUUCUCCCCACACCCUGUCUGCUCUCACAUAUUGAUAUUAUUCACCACGUUUUCCUCAAGCCAUGCAAAGUGUUAAUUUUUUGUGUGAGUUACUAAUCACUGACAUGUUCUGAUUCUGAGCGGUUACAUCAUGGUUAAGAAGUUUUGCCUGAAAUACUUUUCUACAAGAAUAGGUCUUAAGGGAAAAAAUGUUCAUUUAAUGGACAAUUGCUGUGUACUAAUUUAGAACAAAUGACUGUUAUGAGGAUAUGAAAACAUCUUCUCAAAAAAUAGCAUUUCCUCUUGUGAAUUAUAUUCAGAAUUUUGAUCUAAUUGUAAAUAGUUUCUGUUUCUAUGGGACUUUAUUUAUUAAAAACACAAACUUGCUGAUGGGAGUUCAUCAGUAGGUUGUAAUA